CUACCAGACCCCACACUCUUUAUUUUCUUUAUCCAACUCAGUCACUCUCUUCUUGUCCCAUUGUACGCCUCGGUCGUACUAGCCCACAGCUUCAAAACACACAAUCGCCCAUUUGAUCAACCGUCCCACUACAACGAUCCAAGAUUCCAUAUCCGUCACCUGACUCAAAACAAAUUCAAGAUGCGCUCUUCCGUUGUUCUCGCCUCAGCUCUGGCUGCCGGUGUUCUUGCUGGUCCCAUUGAGCGACGCAAGGUUUACACCGAGACCCGUGUCCACGUCGAGACUGUCACCGUCUACGUUACCGCUGGUCAACCUCUACCCACCGCGAGCGCCGACGCUUCAGUCAAGAGCCACAAGCCCGAGCCCGAGCCCAGCUACGUUGCUCCCAAGCCGUCUUCGUAUGCUGAGGUUGCUCCCCCAUCCUCGUAUGCGGAGGUCCCACCACCACCACCCCCCUCCUCUUCCUCGUCGCCAGUGCCCAUCUACACGCCAAUUGUCAUCCCAUCGGCUGUCCCCACCACCUCGGCCGCCCCUACCACGUCUGCCAAGCCCUCCACCACGGUUGUCCCUACAACCUCUAGCUAUGCACCUCCUCCUCCCGCCCCGUCAUCUUCUGCCCCUCCUCCCCCAGCUACUCCCGUGUACGGCGUAGACCACAUUUCUGGAGAAGGCCAGGCCGAACUCUCUUCCGGCCAGGACUACAAGAACGCUGCGCUCUGGCACCACAACCGCGCUCGUGCCAACCACGGCGCUAGCAACCUGGAGUGGAGCGACGACUGCGAAGCCGGUGCCAAGACGGCUGCCGCUUUCUGCGACUUUGAGCACCACACCACCAAGGGUCAAGGCCAGAACCUUUUCACUCUCUCCGGAGACGCCUACAACGUGACCGCCGGCAUCACCGAGUCCUGGUACAAGGGCGAGGCCGACAUCUACCACUACUGGGACCAGGAACCGCCCAAGGACAGCACCGGUGCUUUGGACCACGACGAGUUUGAGAAGUACGGUCACCUUACCCAGAUGCUCUGGAAGGGCACCACCCACGUUGGCUGCGUUACAGUUGACUGUGGCGCCCGGAUGACUGUCGGCGGAGCCAGCUCCAAGUUGAACAAGUACACUGUCUGCAACUACGCCCCUGCUGGCAACGUUGUCGGCUCGUUCGGCGAUAACGUUGCUGCCGCAGCUGGCAAAUACUCGGGAUUUAAGUGGACCGACUAA